UUUCCGGCCUCCCUUCCCAGGCGGCUGUGGCUCUCUUCUUGGGGCGAUGGAGGCGGAGGGGCUCGGAGGGGCUCCCUUCAAGGCCUACCGGCGGCGCUGGGUGCUGCUCUCGGUGGCGGGGCUCCUCAGCGCCUCCAACGCCAUGCUGUGGUUGACAUUUGCUCCGGUGGCUGAUAAGACAGCUGAAUAUUUUCACACCACAAUGGAUGUUGUCAACUGGCUCUCCCUUGUGUAUCUUGUGAUAUCGGUUCCUGUGGGUCUCCUGGCAAUAUGGAUUCUGGACACCAUUGGGCUUAAAUGUGCAAUUUUACUCUGUGCCUGGCUAAACAUGAUCGGAAGCAUUAUUCGGAUUUUCAGCGUUGUCAGCUUCCUGAGUCUGGGUUCCCUUAACAUUGUAUACCUGCUGAUAGGACAGUGCCUUUGUGCUGUGGCCCAACCUCUUAUCAUUUUUUCACCCACCAAACUAGCAGCCUUGUGGUUCCCAGAGCAUCAGAGAGCCACAGCCAAUAUGGUUGGCUCAAUGUCCAAUCCACUGGGCAUUCUCAUUGCUAACCUGCUGUCUCCUGCACUUGUAAAGGAAGGAAAAGAUAUUCCUUUAAUGCUUGGAGUGUAUGCAGGUCCUGCUGUAUUUGCCUGUGUCUUAGCCACACUUGGUGUUCACGACAAGGUCCCUCCAACGCCGCCAUCAGCGAGUGCCAGCCACUCUAAUGCACCAUCAUUCUCGGGAGGCUUGAAGAUGCUUAUGCGAAAUGUGCCUUACAUCAUCCUGACUCUCUGCCUUGGGGGAGGAAUAGCAAUAUUUACAUGUUAUAGUGCUCUGUUGGAACAGGUCCUGUGUGUAAAUGGAUAUUCAGAUUUUUUUUCAGGUGUGAGUGGGGCCUUGUUUACUGUAUCUGGGUUAAUUGGAGCCUUCUUCCUUGGGCUGUAUGUGGACAGGACAAAGAAAUUUACAGAAGCCACCAAGAUCUGUCUUUGUCUAACUGCACUGGCUAGCAUUGCAUUUGCAGUGGUGUCUCAGCUUAGAAACCAAACCUAUGCUUUGGCAGCCAUCAGCUCACUCUUUGGCUUAUUUGGAUUUGCUGUGUAUCCUGUUGCUAUGGAACUAGCUGUUGAAUGCUCCUACCCUGUGGGAGAAGGAACAGUAUCUGGACUGAUCUUUGUCACAAGCCAGCUCCUAGGAGUGCUCUUCAUGCUUUUAUUCCAAAGCUUGGCUGUGGAGAAGAAAAAUGCCCCCUUUUCUACCUGUACUGCAGACCAAGGUGGAGCACUAGACUGGUCAAAUGCAAUAUUAGUGAUGGCCGGACUCUGCAGUAUGGCAGCCUGCUUCUUCGUUGUGGCUUUUCACACUAAUUACAAGAGAAUCUAUGCGGAGACAUCUCACGCCUGCUCAGUCAACAAAACAGAAGACGAUGUUGAAGUAACAGGACAAACAGGAAAUGCUUGCAGUUGAACUCUUGGACCAAUCACAGUGCCUAAAGCAAUGUUGCUAUCAUCUCAAUGGAACUCAAGUGCCACAGCUGCACAAAACAGCAAAGUAAAUUACCAUUUGAUAGAAACUGAUUGAUGGAACAAGAGUUACUGGUUAAGUAAUGGACCAGUCCUUCUAUAAAAAAUGUGCAGUUGUGAAUGCUAUUGAUCAGGUAGCCAGAAUGGCCCACAUCCCUGUAUGCAAGAGGGAGGUUAUCAACAUGCAGGGGAUGCAGAAGUAAAAAAAAAAAAAUGUAUCUGCCAACAAGACAUUAAGAGAUUAAAGACAUGGAGGGGCAGACAGUUCCCCAAACAAUCCAAUGAGGAGAGUGUGCAUUCAGUAUCUACAAAAUGCUGAGGUGGAUGAGCUGGGGGGAACAAAAUCGGGUAUGCUAAAGGAAGAUGGGCCUCACAGAACACGGGACCGCAAGUGUUUUGUUGCAGGUUCCACUAUUAUCUUCAUUAGUAGCUUCAUUCCCCCCCCCCCCCAAAAAAAAAAACAGGGCUGCAGAUAAUAUAUUGGUGCUAGAAUACAAGGGAUCUGUCCCAGUAAGUUUUAAUCUUUAAAGGUGAUGCUAAAGUGCAAUAGAGAGCAGUUAAACAACCUUUGUCUGUAUUAAGCUACACAAAGCAAGAUGCCUAAGUCUUGCUACAAGAGUUCUAGUAUGAACAUUGAGAGCCGUUGCGAACUUAAAUGGAAUAAAACCCAUGUAGAUCCAGCCUAAAUUUCAUUAAGAAGAGGAUUUCCUAGUGGAACAGGGGGAUUCAAAUAUAUUGGUUAACAUUUUAGUGUUUAUUACCUUGGGGAGUAUAAUUUCCUCUAUUUCUAAUGUUAAAACUCUUGACCUCCAUUGCCAAUCAACACAGCACUACUCAUGUGCAAAAAGGCGUCAUCAGCAGGUGCAGAUAAACUAAGGUGUGAAAAACAACAAAAGUACUUAGGGGGAAAAAGUGAGGACUGAGGGUGCACCUAGACUGUAGAAAUAAUGCAGUUGGUCACCAUUAAACUGCCAUGGCACCAUAUUACAAAAUCCUGGUUGGGAGCAGGAGUGAUGUGGGGCUUAGGAAUCCUAAAUAAGGAGCAUAGUUUUUUGUAGGUCCCACUUUAUGUUUAAGUAAUCUGAAUUAUAGGAUGCAUGAUAUUCAAAAAGACCCAGUUCUUUUGCUCUUUGAUCACAAGGUAUAUAUUGAAUGAGGAAGGCAGAUAGAAAGUGUCUGUUCUGCGAGCAGCAUUGCAAGUAAAAUUUAUGCACAGUGUUAUAACCUCAGAGAGCCACAUUUCCCAAUAUGAUCCCCUUUAGAUGUGCAGUCCCAGAAAUUCUGCAGGCAACAGAAUAUUGAUGAACUCUCACCUGCUCACACAUACCUGUGUUGGCUACUUGUGGCCUAAAAGUUGUGGCAGAACGUUACACAUAACAAAUCGGCAAGAGGGCACCUGUUUAAAUGCUUUUCCCGUCACAAUAAAACACAAUGGACAAACGUAUCCAUGGAACAAGAGAAAUUAGCUGUUAUAUUUGUCACAGACAAAUUCUAAUCAGUUGUCCAAUACUCACAAAGCACUUGGUACAGAAUUGAUACAGAAGUUUAAAAUCAGUGCAAAAUAUACAAUCAAAAUGAAACAAAACACAAAUACAUAGCAAAAAUAUAUACAGAAUCUCCCUAAGAAUAUACUCUGAAGAUAAACCAAUAUUUAAAUACAAAACAAAAGAGCACACCAUAUAAAUAAAUUUACAAUCAUUGCAUUUCAGAACUGAUAUUCAAAGCCCAAAAAUAGUUUGCAAGGCAGAGAGCUAGAAAAGUAAAGUACACAACAAGACCCUGCUUAAGAAAAAAAACAAGUAAACAAGUGUGAUGUGUAUUUCUAGCUUCUGUUUAGGCACACAAUGUAGAAACCAUGUUCACC